AAAAACAUGAAAAGUAAUAUUUUAGGGGGGGAUUCCAUCAAGUCAUUUCCCGCAUUUUUGAAAAAAAAAAAAAGGAACCGGUUGUUAUCAGUACAUAUUGUUAUGAAGUACGCUGAGUCCCCCCCCCCUUAUUGAAACGUCAUACGUUUGGGUACAACUGACCAAUAGCAUGUGGAUAUUUUAUUAGCACGCUGAACGAAUUCUUACUCCUAACCGUGUACUCAUUGACCAUUGCCAAUUUUUUCCUACUCACGUUACAUGCUGUUUUGCGUUAAUUUCAACGUUACACGUGCUAAAUCUAAUUUUGAUGGCAUCUCAACAAAGCAUCAAGGUCUGCUGCCGGGUACAUGGAGAAAAUGAAUAUAACAAGGAAACUUUGGAACACGGUUACAGUUUUCUUGAUAGCAAAUCAAUUUUACAUUUGUCUUCGGGCCGGAUAUAUACUUUUGAUAAAAUAUUUGAUUCAUGCUCAUCCCAGUCCCAAAUUUACAACGAAGUUGCUAAACCCAUAGUUUUCAAUGUACUCAGUGGUUAUAAUGGCGCUAUUCUUGUUUAUGGUCAUACAUCCAGUGACAAAGCCUACACAAUGGAGGGAGUUGCAUUUGGUAAUGAGAAAUCAGGAAUUAUACCACGAAUUGCUCAUGAUAUUUUUAGCCACACAGAAUCCUUAGAAGAUUCAUUAAAAUGGGAAAUAAAGAUUUCCUUUUAUGAGAUUUAUUUGGAGAAAGUCCGUGACUUAUUUGAUGAUUCUGAAGACACAUUGCAAGUAUACGAUGAUAGGAAAGGCUCACCUUUCAUAGUGGGUGGAAAAGAGAUCUUGGUAAAAAAUAUCAGAGAAGUGAUGGAAUUCUUCAAUGAAGCAAAAUUGAAACGACACGUAGCUUAUUCAGAUACGAACGAGAUGAUCUCGAGAAGUCAUACAAUAUUUCAGAUAGUCAUAAAGCAAGAAAACUUGGUGUCUCAUGAAAAAAUGACUGGAAAGCUUUUAUUAGUAGACUUAGCUGGAAGUGAGCAGGUUUUAACAAGUGUAUUAACAAAUGAUUCUAUCGUUAAUCGAGAAUCGAGAUGUAUCAAUAUGUCUUUAUCUGUUUUGUCUAGAGUGAUACUUUUACUAACAGAAAAAAGAGAUGGUAUACCGUACAGGGAGAGCGUUCUUACUCGAUUGUUGAAGGAAAGUUUAGGAGGAAAUUCUCAGACAGCCAUCAUCGUCUGCAUCAGACCAUCAUCUGAAAAAAGAAUAAAAUGGUCUCUGGAAUUCGGUUGUCGGGCAAAAAUAAUCAAAAACAAUUUUUACCUGAAUGUGAAACAUGACAGAAAGAAGCCGAGUAGAAUUUGGGAAAAAUUUCAGAGAUAUAUCAGUAGCACUAAUCAAUACAUAAGUGGAUCUAUUGCAGAGCUUCAGAAGUGGAGAAGCGGAAAAGCUGUUCCUGCGGAAGAAUGGAUUCCUUUUAUUAAUUGUAAUGAAAAUUCCUUCUCUGAUUCAUAUUUAACGGAUACAUCUCUAAUGGAUACAUCAUUUAUAGAUACUUCUGACAUUGUGCAUUCAGUUCACGAACAAUCAAACUCUCAAAUUUUGUCUGAUUCAUCAUUCCUCGAUACUUUCAAUCUUAGUUUGAAUGAGUCAUUCACUAUUCCCGAUUAUGAAGAUGGGAAUAGUUUACAAAGUCAGAUUGAAAUCAUGAAACGACAACAGCUCCAAUCCCCACAUAUUGAGUGUAAGCCUACUGAAAGUGCAAUAGCAGAUGACAUUGAAGAACAAUCUAAUGAAGAAAUGCUCCCAUUCCCACAUAUUGAGUGUAAACCUGAAAGUGAAAUAGCAGAUGACAUUAAAGAACAAUCUGAUGAAGAAAUGCUUCCAUCCCCACUUAUUGAGUGUAAGCCUAUUGAAAGUGCUAUAGUAGAAGACAUUAAAGAACAAUCUGAUGAAGAAAUGCUCCCAUUACCACAUAUUGAGUGUAAGCCUGAAAGUGUAAUAGUAGAUGAUAUUAAAGAACAUUCUGAUGAAGAAACGCUUCCAUCCACACUUAUUGAGUGUAAGCGUACUGAAAGUGAAAUAGUAGAUGAUAUUAAAGAACAAUCUGAUGAAGAAACGCUUCCAUCCCCACUUAUUGAGUGUAAGCCUACUGAAAGUGUAAUAGUAGAUGAUAUUAAAGAACAAUCUGAUGAAGAAAUGCUUCCAUCCCCACUUAUUGAGUGUAAGCCUACUGAAAGUGUAAUAGUAGAUGAUAUUAAAGAACAAUCUGAAGAAGAAAUGCUCCAAUCCCCACAAACUGAGUGUAAGCCUAUUGAAAGUGCGAUAGUCGAUGACAUUAAGGAACAAUCUGAAGAAGAAAUGCUCCAAUCUCCACAAACUGAGUGUAAGCCUACUGAAAGUGCGAUAGUCGAUGACAUUAAGGAACAAUCUGAUGAAGAAAUGACUGAACUGAAGGAAGAGUUAGAGUUUCACAAAAAACAGACUAUAACCCUUCAUCAAAGCUUGGAAAGAGUUACUCAGGAGUUAAAAUCACAAAGGGAUAUAUCUGAUGAGUUGUCCAGUGCUUUGAAAAUGGAAAGAAAGAAAAAUAUGUUAGAAGAAGCCCACAGAAAGAAUUACCUACAAGAAAUAAAUAAUUUCAAGGAAGUUAGGAAUAAUAUUUUAGAGCUUUUGGCCAGGGAAAACGCUAAGAAUAUUGACUUUCAAACACUCAGAUCUUUGAAAGAAAUCAAGCCAUCACAUAUUGAGAAGUUGGAACCUAUCACUGUAGAGGAUCUAAAAGCAACAUUACGAGCAGAAAAUAUGCAAAAUCGUAUUUCUGAGUUAUCUGCUCGAUUCGAAAGUUUGUCAGAGAGCUGCUUGCAGCGAAAUCGAAAACACGCUUCAAGAGAUUCCGUAAAUGAAAAAAUUUCAUUAUUGCAAGCAGAAAUUGUCAGCUUAGAGAAGAACCAAGGAACUAACGAGCAGACAUUGAACGAACGUAUUGCAGAAAAAAUACAGAAAGUUAACGUGGAGGGUUUUAAUGAGCUAUUGCUUGAUGAUUCCAUUCAAAGCUGUGAUUUGAAGUCGAGGGGGCACUAUAUUCACCUGUCGCAAAAGUAUGAUCAGCAAAAGCAAAAAACUGCAGAAGUUAUUGCAGAAAGAGAUGCAGCUAAGGAAUCGUUAAUUUCGUUAGAAAAGGAAGUACGCAAUUUAAGCGAACGACACGAUACUGAAAAGCAGGCUUUAAAUGCAGAGAUUGACAAAAUGUCUCGUGAUAUAGAGCGAUUGAAUCUCGAACUAAGAAAAGAACUUUACAUUAAAUGUGAGCAUAAUUCCAAUCUUGAUGGACUUAAGAAAGAGGUUAAAGAUGCAUCCAAAACAGUGAGAAUAUUGAGCGAUAAAAUCUGCGUGUUGGAAAAUGAUUUGGACAUGGAAAGAAAUCGUAGUAAAGAAGACACUGCUCGAAUGGAAAUAAUUCUUCUGGAAAAGGCGAAUACUAUAAACGUAUUGGUGACGAGAUUAUGCUGUUUGGAGCAGGAAAAUCGAACUCUAAUCGAAGAGUUACAAAAAACGCAUUAUUGUAAGCAAAUGCUGCAAGAAGAAUCUGAUAAUGUUCUAACGAUUCUAAAGAAUUUCUCUAACAGGUCUCAUUAUGAAGGUGAAAGUCUUUGUGGUAACGAAAUGGUUAACUCAGAGCCAAUGCUCCUUAAUGAAGAUCAUUGCGACCUUGUGAACGCAAAUUUCAAUGAAAUAUCUUCAUUUGAAUUGUCACUGCGUAUAAAGUUGGUUACUGAGCUUAAGCGUUUGUUUUAUGAGUGUGAAAAUAUUGCAGCUCUUCAGGGAUCCCCUUCUUCGAAAAACCCGGAUGAUUCUUUCGAUGGUAAAGAGUCUCUUAAAGAUGCAAUAGAAUAUUUCCAGGACUGUGCAGAAAGCGAUAGUGUUUUGCAGAACAUUAACAUACACGAAAUCUCAACUUCUGAAUUGUUCUUAAUGAGCAAUUCUCUUGAGCAUGUUGACAGUUUGGAAACUCUUCCCGGUGUUCCGUUGGAUUAUGCUGAGUCUAUGGAAGUUGCAAACAUCAGUGAAGGAAUUACGGGAAAUUAUCAAAUUGAAGAGAAUGUGAUCAUCACGGAACAGACCGGUGUGGAAGGGCAUUCUUAAGGAAUUUUAUGCCCGGUUGUAUAGCAUUUAAGCGGACUUUUUACCUUUCGUAGUUUUUCAAAAGUGGAAUAUAAACUUGAAAUUAAAUUUAAUGUGAUACUCAUGUAAUAAAUUUCUUUAUAUUUCGUGUUCAA